ACAAAGGUUGAUAAAAAAAUGGCUGCUGGGUGCGCUUGGUUCCUGGUGUUGGGAUCUGUCUUUUUGUGCAAUCUCUUCAAAACACUCUUGCCGACUAUUUCCUCUUUCUUAUUGAAGGUCCUUCAGAAAGAUGCUGAGCAGGAGAAGGAUAUGCGGGCUGAGAUCCAGGAGAUGAAGAAGGAGCACAACUCCGUUAGCAUGAUGGAUGAGUUUGCCAGAUACGCCAGACUAGAGCGCAAAAUCAACAAGAUGACUGAUAAGCUGAAGACACAUGUCAAGUCUAGAACUGCUCAACAAGCCAAAAUGAAAUGGAUGGUGAAUAUAGGUUUUUACAUCCUCCAGGCUGCUCUGAUGAUCUCCCUGAUUUGGAAGUAUUAUGCUGACCCAGUGACUGUUGUACCCAGUAAGUGGAUUGCCCCCCUGGAGCAGCUGGUGGCAUUCCCAUCUGGAGUAGCAGGUGGUGUUGGAAUCACAUGCUGGCUGGUGGUGUGCAACAAAGUGGCGUCUAUUGGCUUACAUGCAAUUAGCUAAGGAAUGGGAUCUUUUAUUAAUGUCUUAUUUAUUCCCCAAAUGCUCUGAGAAUGAAGUCAGGCAUUGUUAGUCAGCACUUUGAUAUUAAAGUGUAAAUUGGUACUGUUGGUAAGCACUUUUACAAAGCACCCCAUAUUCAAACAUUGCCUUUACAUUGCCAAUGUUAUUACACAUAUUUUAGUGUCUCUUAUGUUGGCUUCAGAAUCGGAUGUUACACUACAUGGCCAAAAGUAUGUAGACACACCUUCAAAUUAGUGGAUUUGUCUAUUUCAGCCACACGUUGCUGACAGGUGUAUAAAAUACAGCACACAGCCAUGCAAUCUCCAUAGACAAACAUUGGCAGUAGAAUGGCCCAUACUGAAGAACUCAGUGACUUUCAAUGUAGCACUGUCAUAGGAUGCCACCUUUCCAACAAGUCAGUUCGUUAAAUGUCUGCCCUGCGAGAGCUGCCCCGAUCAACUGUAAGUGCUGUUAUUGUGAAGUGGAAACGUGUAGGAGCAACAAUGGCUCAGCUGCGACGUGGUAGGCCACACAAGCUCACAGAACGGGACCGCUGAAGCGCAUAGUGCGUAGGAAUUGUCUGUCCUCCGUUGCAACACUCACUAUCGAGUUCCAAACUGCCUCUGGAAGCAACGUCAGCACAAGAACUGUUCGUCGGGAGCUUCAUGAAUUGGGUUUCCAUGGCCGAGCAGCCGCACACAAGCCUAAGAUCACCAUGUGCAAUGCCAAGUGUCGGCAGGCGUGGUGUAAAGGUCUCCGCCAUUGGACUCUGGAACAGUGGAAACGUGUUCACUGGAGUGAUGAAUCACCAUCUGGCAGUCCGACGAACAAAUCUGGGUUUGACGGAUGCCAGGAAAACGCUACCUCCCUGAAUGCAUAGUGCCAAAUUUAAAGUUUGGCGGAGGUAGAAUAAUGGUGUGGGGCUGUUUUUCAUGGUUUGGGCUAGGCACCUUAGUUCCAGUAAAGGGAAAUCUUAACGCUUACAGCGUACAAUGACAUUCCAGACAAUUCUAUGCUUCCAACUUUGUGGCAAGUUUGGGGAAGGCGCUUUCCUGUUUCAGCAUGACAAUGCCUGUGUGCACAAAGCGAGGUCCAUACAGAAAAGUUUUGUCGAUCGGUGUGGAAGAACUUGACUGGCCUGUACAUAGCCCUGACCUCAACCCCAUCAAACAUCUUUGGGAUGAAUUGGAAGACCUCACUAAUGCUCUUGUGGUUGAAUGGAAGCAAGUCCCCGCAGCAAUGUUCCAACAUCUAGUGGAAAGCCUUCCCAGAAGAGUGGAGGCUGUUAUAGCAGCAAAUGGGGGUCAAACUCCAUAUUAAUGCCCAUGAUUCUGGAAUGGGAUGUUCGACGAGCAGGUGUCCACAUACUUUUGGAAAUCUAGUGUAUUUCACAAAUUGCUUCACUGCGUAAUGAUUGUAUGAGCAUGUUUAAUGACCGUUUUAAAUCUCAUUUCAACUGAUUGAAAUGAGUUGAGCAAGUGUUGCAAUUGUUUCAUAUUGUUAUGUAAUUUUGUUCAUGUUAAAAUUGUAGGCAUGGUCUGUAGCACAUUUUCAUUUGUUGAAUGAAACCUGAACUAAUAUUACAAAGUUUACUGUUUGGAUUUUGGAAGUGUUGAGAAGUAUGCAUAAGAAUUACACAAUAAAGAUUUUGAAAACUGAA